ACUCCGCGUACAUUGUGGGCUUCAACUGCGAGUUUACAGACGUCAAAAUGAAGUUUGUUAUUUUUUUAAGUUGACAAAAUCAGCGCACUGAAGUUCGUGAACUGAAACACGGAGAGAGAAAAGGUGGAAAAGAAGUUUCACUGCAGUUGGUGCGGUUUCCUGGAUCGAGAUGGAGCCAAGUUGGCGGAAUGCUCUGGUGUUGCUGGUGGGCAGCGCCUUGCUGUUUCAGGGCAUCAUCACUGAUGAAUCUCUUGCCAAGCCUGGAGAAAUCAUGGUGACGAACAUUACCAAUUCAUCCAUCUCUCUGAGCUGGGACAGACCUGCAGACAUGAAUGGCACCGAGUAUAACUUCAGCAUUACGUAUCGUCCUUCUAAUCAAACUGAUUCCAAAUUAGAAGUGGUAAACUUCACCACAAUAAUUGGCUUACUUUCUGGAACCAAUUACACUAUCACUGUGGCAACUGUUAUUGAUAACGAGACAAAGAGUGAGUCUGUGGUUACAACUGUAUUUACAAAACCAAAUGUCGUGACCAACUUAAGCCUUGUGAAUCGCAACACCACUUCAGUUACUCUGAGUUGGGUCCAUCCAUCAGACCAUAAACCUGAGUACAGAUACAGAGUGGAGACGACUGGAGAUCCAUCUUCAAAUAUCACUGUUGCUGAUGAGUCUAUUACAGUGGCACAACUGAACCCUGGGACCAAUUACACGUUCAGAGUGUUCACACUGGCAGCUGAUGAGACAUCAGCAGAUCCGGCCACGGUCUCUUUAACAACAGAGCCUAAUGAAGUGCUGAAUUUGAUGGUUGUGAAUGUUGGCACCAACUUUGUAACCCUGAAUUGGACGAGACCACCAGAUUAUAAAGAUGGGUAUCAGUACAUAGUACUGACCAAGAGAAACACAACCCCUACUGGUGAUUAUAGGAAUACAACUGUAAGAAGUGAGAACGCUACCAUAAAGGAACUGACAUCCGGAACCAUGUACAGUUUUACCAUUACUACACUGACAGCAGAUGGCACUCGAGGAGGUCCAGUGAUAGAAUUUAACUACACAAAACCUGUACAGAUACCACCAGAGAACAUCACAGUGAAUAAUAAUUCGACAACAGACAAGUUGAUUGUCUCCUGGGCUCCUCCUCCUGGCAACGUGGAGACAUUCUUUGUCAUUGUUCAAGGUGUAGAAGGUUUUAAAAAUCAAACCAGCACAAAUUCCACAUCAUCCGUGACAUUCACUAAUCUUCGACCUGGGCGGGAGUACAACAUCAGCGUGAUCACAAACAGUGGACCUUUCAAUGUAACCUCUGCCAGCGUGCGUGGUAUAACAGUUCCCAGCACCCCUGGAAAUAUCAGUGUGACCAACUUCAGCACCAAUUCCAUCUCAUUGAACUGGGGAGCACCUGCAGACAUGGAUGAUGGACACUAUGCUUUCAAUGUUACUUACCACAAUGGUUCUACUACUGAAUAUAUGACGGAAAAUACAACUGCCACCACAAUUUCAAAUCUUACUUCUGGAACUAAUUAUACCAUUUCUGUGGCCACCAUUGGACCUGGUAAUUUGCAGAGUGUCUUUGUGUCAACAACUCACUUCACCAAGCCAAACCCUAUUGCGAACCUACAAGUAGUACAGAUUAACACAACCAGCAUAACCCUGAGUUGGACAAGACCAGACCAGUAUAAAGUUGGGUAUCAGUAUAGGGUGCUGACAGAUGGAAGCCCAGCACCCAUAGGUAGUAGUGGAAAUCAAACCGUAAGAAAGGAAAAUGUUUCCGUGACGGAACUGACACCUGGAACCAACUACACAUUUUCGGUUAUCACUCUGGCAGAGGAUGGCACUGAAGCAGAUCCAGUUGUUGUAGCCAAUUAUACAGAACCUGUACAGAUACCACAAGUCAACAUUACAGUAACUAAUAAUGGGACAACAGACACGUUGAUUGUCUCCUGGGCUGCUGCUCCUGGCAAUGUGGAGAAAUUCUUCGUCAUUGUUCAAGAUGCAAGAAGUUUAGAAGAUGAACUCAAAAUCACAAAUUUCACAUCGCCGGUAACAUUCACAAAUCUUCGACCUGGCCGAGAGUACAUCAUUAAUGUGAUUACAAACAGCGGGCCUUUCAAUAAAACCUCUGAUAAUGUGCAGGGUAUAACAGUUCCCAGCAUUCCUGGAAGAAUAAAUGUGACCGCCUUCAGCACCAAUUCUAUCUCAUUAAACUGGGGACCACCUGCAAACAUGGAUUUUGGAAACUAUACCUUCAAUGUUACCUACAAUAAUGGUUCUGUUACUGAGUCUAUGACGGCAAAUAUAAACUCCACCACUAUUUCAAAUCUUACUUCUGGAACUAAUUAUACCAUUUCUGUGGCCACCGUUGGACUUGGACAAUUGCAGAGUGCCUUUGUGUCGAAAUUUCAGUUCACCAAGCCAAACCCUAUUACGAACCUGCAGGUAGUACAGAUUAACACAACCAGCAUAACCCUGAGUUGGACAAGACCAGACCAGUAUAAAGUUGAGUAUCAGUAUAAGGUGCUGACAGACGGAAGCCCAGCACCCAUAGGUAGUAGUGGAAAUCAAACCGUAAGAAAGGAAAAUGUUUCCGUGACGGAACUGACACCUGGAACCAACUACACAUUUUCGAUUAUCACUCUGGCAGAGGAUGGCACUGAAGCAGAUCCAGUUGUUGUAGCCAAUUAUACAGAACCUGUGAAAAUACCAAACAAAAACAUCUCUCUGAGCAAUGAGAACACAACUGAUUCACUUACCAUUUCCUGGAUCCGUCCACCAGGAGGUGUUGAGAACUUCACCAUUGACAUUGAAGAUUUUCAAAAUCAAACAGCGUUCACGAACAGCACCACUGUAUCAUCAUCAACAGAUACAGUACGGUUCAGCAGCCUGCGCCCUGGAAGAUUGUAUCGUGUAAAGGUGACAACAAUAAGUGGGCCCCAUCACAUAACUUCAGAUCCUGUGACACAGGCCACAAUUCCCAGCAUUCCUGGAAGUAUAAAUGUGACCACCUUCAGCACCAAUUCUAUCUCAUUAAACUGGGGACCACCUGCAAACAUGGAUUUUGGAAACUAUACCUUCAAUGUUACCUACAAUAAUGGUUCAGUUACUGAGUCUAUGACGGCAAAUAUAAACUCCACCACGAUUUCAAAUCUUACUUCUGGAACUAAUUAUACCAUUUCUGUGGCCACCGUUGGACUUGGACAAUUGCAGAGUGCCUUUGUGUCGAAAUUUCAGUUCACCAAGCCAAACCCUAUUACGAACCUGCAGGUAGUACAGAUUAACACAACCAGCAUAACCCUGAGUUGGACAAGACCAGACCAGUAUAAAGUUGAGUAUCAGUAUAAGGUGCUGACAGACGGAAGCCCAGCACCCAUAGGUAGUAGUGGAAAUCAAACCGUAAGAAAGGAAAAUGUUUCCGUGACGGAACUGACACCUGGAACCAACUACACAUUUUCGAUUAUCACUCUGGCAGAGGAUGGCACUGAAGCAGAUCCAGUUGUUGUAGCCAAUUAUACAGAACCUGUGAAAAUACCAAACAAAAACAUCUCUCUGAGCAAUGAGAACACAACUGAUUCACUUACCAUUUCCUGGAUCCGUCCACCAGGAGGUGUUGAGAACUUCACCAUUGACAUUGAAGAUUUUCAAAAUCAAACAGCGUUCACGAACAGCACCACUGUAUCAUCAUCAACAGAUACAGUACGGUUCAGCAGCCUGCGCCCUGGAAGAUUGUAUCGUGUAAAGGUGACAACAAUAAGUGGGCCCCAUCACAUAACUUCAGAUCCUGUGACACAGGCCACAAUUCCCUCACCACCUGGAACCAUAGUGGUGACUAGCUUCACUAAUUCCACCAUUGAGUUUGGCUGGCCAAGGCCUGAAAAUAUGGAUAUUGGAACAUACAACUUUACUGUUGCCUACAAGGUGGCACAAAAAGCAAAUGAAAUAGUUCAUUCUGUAAAAGAUAACAAAUCUAUUAUAUCUGACCUUGACUCUGGAACCGAGUACAUCAUAACUGUUUUUACCACUAUCCGUGAGAAUUUGAUCAGCAGUGUUGUGACAAUAUCUCUCUACACACGACCAAACCCCAUCAGAAAUCCCAUUGUUGUAAGUAGCAACACGACCUCUAUAAAUCUGGCAUGGGACAAGCCGCUUGGGCACAAGGAUGAGUACAAAUACAGAGUGCAAACAGAUGAGAAUCCACCUUCCAAUAACACAGUCAACAUCAAUUCUAUUACUGUCAGUGGCUUGACGUCAGGAGAUAAUUUCAUAUUCACUGUCAUCACACUGGCAGCAAAUGAUGCUGAAGGAAGCCCUGUCAGCUUGAAACAUUGCACUGAUGCAGCCGCAGUUUCUUCCCUGACGUGUGACGGAGUGGAACUCCACCCUAUCCUUCAGUUGGCGUGGACAUGUGCGAGCGGAACGCACAGAGGCUUUCAUAUUAGUGCAGCAGAUUCCACCACUGUCAUAACUAACAACAUUUCGUCAUGUCCCUCAAAAGAGAAACCAUUCGAUCUGAAAAUUGUUGCAUUCUUCACAAAUUAUUCUGUGAACGUCACCACCUUGUCGUGUGGUCGGCCAAGUACACCGACCAGUGUAGACUGUCGUUCUGGCAUUGCUCGACCUCCCCAGCCUUCUGGUAACUUAGAAUUACCAGAUAUUAUAAUUACCCACAAAACAAUGAAGUUCACCAUCCAAGAAGGUGCUUUUAAUUCCAGCAAUGGUCCGCUUGUGGCAAUUGCUGUGAUUGUUACAAAAGAACAACGCAAUAAUAUGCCUAAUGAGAAAGCCCUUGAAACAGCCUUUAGCGCUGCUACAUCUACCUACGUAACUCGCGUCAUAGAUCUUGAAAGUACAACUCAAAAUACCAGAAGACCUGCUCUGGCAGCUCCUAUCUCUGUCAACAUAGGAGAUAAUAGUAGAAGUCAUGGAUAUGUCAAUCAAGAGUUGACUCCUUUAACCAAAUACCGACUCAGCUUGGCUGGAUUUACCAAAGUAAAAUUUACUGCAAACAAGAGCAUCGAUUCACGUGAAUCCUUCUACUCAGUGUAUCAUUAUUCAAAGGCGUUUGUAUCGAAUCAGAAUCCAGAUGUUAUUGUUGGAGCUGUAGUUGGAACUAUCCUGGGCGCAAUUGUAAUAGUAUUCCUGGUGAUAAUGCUUUUCUGGUGGAAGAAACGAACAAAGUCCAACAACAAGAAUUUAACCCAGCUUCCAAUCUCAAAUCUCAGGGUAGCAAGAAAUGCCAUCAGUGUGGACUACUUUGAAGGAUAUUUCAGUAAGCAACAUGCUGACUCUGACUGUGGAUUUGCUGAAGAGUAUGAGGAACUGAAACCAGUUGGAAUCUUGCAGUCGACACAAGCUGCCCAACAACCCCUGAACAAGCCUAAGAAUCGCUACAAUAAUGUCUUGCCCUAUGAUAUAAGUAGAGUUAAACUCUCUGUCACUGGAGACCCAUCCAGUGAUUACAUCAAUGCUAAUUUCAUGCCGGGCUACAACUCAAAAAAAGAGUUCAUUGCUGCGCAGGGACCGCUGUUGAAUACAGUCAACGAUUUCUGGCGAAUGAUUUGGGAACAUAAUGUGCCAGCCAUUGUCAUGCUCACCAAAUGUGUAGAACAAGGGAGGGCAAAAUGUGAGCAGUACUGGCCAACUGAACGUCCUCUCAUCUUUGGAGACAAAAUUGUUACCUUGACAUCAGAAAUAGUUCUCCAAGAUUGGACCAUCAGGGACUUUACAAUAAUAAAGGAAAAGUCCAAAGAGAAACGUGCCCUGCGGCAUUUCCACUUUACAGGCUGGCCUGACCAUGGAGUUCCUAGCACCACUGGGGUCCUCAUUGACUUCAGGAACUUGGUGCGGCAGUACAUCAAUCAGUACCCAAUGAAUGGACCCACUGUGGUGCAUUGCAGUGCUGGAGUUGGUCGGACCGGGACAUUCAUUUCCAUCGAUCAUAUGAUUUAUCAAGUAGACAACAGCAGAAAGGUUGAUAUCUGGGAUACAGUUCAUCAGCUGCGAAUGCACCGACCACUGAUGGUACAGACUGAGUCACAGUAUGUCUUCCUGAACAAAUGUGCUCUGGAGUACAUCAGAGCAAAUAAACAGCCAAAUGAUGACGCAGUCUACCAAAAUACACCUAUCCUCAUCUACGAGAAUACCUCUGCCAUCCAAGCAGCCAAUGGCCACGCACUUUAAUGAAAAUGGCCUCAGAGCCUCUUUUUUAAAUUCAACUGCACCCUUCACUAAUUUUAUUUUGUAAAUUAUGUGUUUAUUUUUUAAGAGGAAUAUAUAUUCAUUCAGUAAGGCAUGUUUAAAAUUUCUGCCCUUUUAAUGCAGAUUUGCUAUUUUUUCAAAAUAUGAAACUACUGUGGAACACAGGUUGGGAAAUGCUAAGAAACCGUAGGUAAUCUUUGCCAAGCCUUCGAAUACUUUGAAACCUUUGAAAAUCCUACACAUUAUUCAUUGCAAAUAGUGACCAUUUCAUCUGAAAUGACAUCUGAACCUUGGAUUCUCUCUGUAAUUUCACUUUAAAUGCAGCCUCUUCAAAUAGAACUGGUUGGUGUGUGAAAUGGACACUGUCUUUGACAGGACCAUCUCAAAAAUAUUCAACCUUCCUAUCCUUUAGGCAGUUAUAUAAACUUAUUAAGUUAUCCAAGCCAUUGAGGCAUGACCUUUCCAGGCUUCAUUCUUGUGAAGCACUGCAGAAAUGCAAACCCUUAAAAAUGUCACCAGAAUCAGGCGCAAGCUGGGAAAGUUGUUUCCUGAUGUUGAUCCCUUAAGUGUUUUCACCAAACCUGAUGACAUUGAAGCCACAUUUUAUAGUGAUCGCUUUGUUCAAGUCAAGCCCACAGAUGAAAAAAGAACCCUUUCUCCAAAGAAGUUCAGUACCAUAGCAUAAUGUGAAGUGGGAAAUUAUUUUCUGAAUUUACUCAUUAUCAGCAUUGACUGGAUCACCCAGCAUGCCCCACAUGGUAAAACUAAUUAAUUUUGCUGUUUUCCAGUUCUGUAGUGAAUUAAUAUUCAGCGUGCAUUAUAGCACUGGAAUUAAUAUACAAUCAGUCUGCAAGUUACCCACCAUAUUCCUUCCUAGACCAGUCUUUGCUCAUAAUAUUCUGAGCCUUGCACCGUAGCUAACAGACAAAACAGCAACAGGAGGCAGUUUAGUCAGGAGAGAAUUGAUCCUAUGCACCGACUGAAUGACUGACUGAAUGUAAAGUUGCUUCUUAAUUCAGCUCUCUAUAAAGCAUUGCAUAGAACUGAAAUGUUUAUUUUGUUUUGCGAACUUAAUAUGUUCAUUGCUCUCAACAUUGAUAUAUGUUUGAAUCAAGCUUUUAAAAAAUCUGUCUCUGAGCAGUCAGUCUCAGUGAUUGCCGAGAGCUGGUUUGAUCACUGAGUUUAUUGCCAAGAGAGAAAUGAGAGAUCUCUGAGUGCAGGGUGACAAGACAAGGUCUCUUUUUGAUCUAAACAGUAGUGGGAAUCUGUCACAGUGUGAGCCAAUAUUAUACCAUAUGCAUUAGUUAAAAUGUUUAAAGAGUGUAAUACGUAAAUUUUGAUUUAAUCUUAAACUUGUAGUGAAGAAGUGAUUGAACCUCCUCGGUGUCAGUGUAUUUCACAGCCUCAUUACAUCUGUGUAGCCUGAUGUCAGAGCUUAUGAUUUGAUCUAUGUUGAAUUUGAAUGCUUGUGUAUUUGUAAAACUUGAGCCUGAUGUAAUUGGGGUGAAUAAGGGAAAGUUAGCAUACCAAGGCCAAGAAUUAUCAUUUGUAACUCAUACAGCAUCCAAGAACAUUAUUACAGAUGAAAAGUUUAUUUUAAAUUUAUUCUGUUUAUCAUGAAGAGCUUUGAAUGGAGCACACGAUUUAUUCAGGGCUUCAUAGGGGCAUUACAUCAUUGGAAAAGGCUGCUUAGAGAUGGGGUUGACCUGUUAUCAUUGUCACUAGUUUUUUUCCAAACUAUUACCUAACAAAUAGAUUUUCAACCACAAAAUAAUUUCUCAUGAGUAGUGCCAUUGACGGAGUUUGCCUGGAAAUGGUGAGCUGUUUGUCUUUUUUUGGGAGGGAGGAAUAAUUGAGAAACCCAAAGCUUGGCCUGAAAUUUUAAAUACAAGAGGAUUGAGCUGCAAAAUGGUGAUGAAUUGUAAUUUACAAAUUGAUUGUUUCAGAUUCUUUAUAUUGCAAUAAGGAAACAAAUUGGAGUUGAAAUACUUGCAAA